AUGGAGCCUCUGAGACUCCCGCCUCCGCUAAUGCUGCUGCUGCUGUUGCUGCUAGCAGGUUCCACUGCGCUCCCUACGGCUCCCAGGACCCCAAGGCACUCAGAUGGGACGUUCACCAGCGAGCUCAGCCGUCUGCAGGACAGCGCCAGGCUGCAGCGCCUGCUGCAGGGUCUGGUGGGAAAACGCAGCGAGCAGGACCCAGAAAAUACCCCAGAGAAGAGCCUGACCCAGUCCAAGGCCUCAGAAGACCAGUUCUGCUUGCUGUGGUCGAACCCUCAGGCCCUACAGGAUUGUCCCUCACCAGCUGUCACCAUCCACAGGCUGCUACUCCCCAGGUUCUCCCUGGAUGGGUUCCCGUCUCUCUGGCUGCCUCCUGGACCAAGACCUGCUGUCAAAGUUUCAGAAUGGACUGAAGCGACCAGGCUUCCCAGAUGAGGGAGG